AUGAUAGAGAUACCAGUACCGGUACAGACCAUGAUAGACAUACCAGUACCGGUAGAUACCAUGAUAGACACACCAGUACCGGUACAGACCAUGAUAGACACACUAGAACCGGUACAGACCAUGAUAGACAUACCAGUACCGGUAGAUACCAUGAUAGACACACUAGUACCGAUAGAUACCAUGAUAGACACACUAGUACCGGUAGAUACCAUGAUAGACACACUAGUACUGGUAGAUACCAUGAUAUACAUACCAGUACCGGUAGAGACCAUCAUAGACACACUAGUACUGGUAGAGACCAUGAUAGACACACUAGUACCGGGAGAUAUCAUUAUAGACAUACCAGUACCGGUACAGACCAUGAUAGACAUACCAGUACCGGUAGAGACCAUGAUAGACAUACCAGUACCGGUAGAGACCAUGAUAGACAUACCAGUACCGGUAGAUACCAUGAUAGACACACUAGUACCGAUAGAUACCAUGAUAGACACACUAGAACCGGUAGAGACCAUGAUAGACACACUAGUACCGGUAGAUAUCAUUAUAGACAUACCAGUACCGGUAGAGACCAUGAUAGACAUACCAGUACCGGUAGAGACCACGAUAGACACACUAGUACCGGUAGAGACCUGA